CUUCCCCUCCGCUCCUCUUCACGGCGGUGCGCUCCAGACGCGCUCCCACUCCGGGAUGGGCUCCUCUCGGUCUCCCUCUGUGACGCCGCCUGUAGUUUAGUGGGAGUUCCCGGAGGAGGGAGCGAGAACCGGUCCGUUCCGUCUGCGGUUCUGAUCUCUGAUUGAACAGACCUCUCCUCGGCUGCGGGACCAGAAAUGGGGAUGCAUUUGCGUCUGCUGCUCCUGCAGUGUUAUUUCGUCUCGAGUUUUGUGUGCAACGCCGCCGCGUUCGUGGAGGAGCCCUCCGGAGGGAGGUCGGACGGGUUCUGCGGGCGGAUCCUCCGGGCUCAGACGCAGGGGACCCGGAGGGAAGGGCACCAUGAGUUCAGGCUGAGAGUGGAGGGGGACCCGGAGACUUAUCAGCCUGGAAACACAUACCGAGUGGUCCUCCAGGCAGCCAGCCCCUCUUACUUCAGAGGCUUCACCCUCAUCGCGCUGAAGGAGGGCAGAGAGGGCACCGCCGAUGAAGACUACGCUGGCCGGUUCCAGAUCAUUGAUGACGAGGACACACAGUUCAUGACCAACUGUCCUCCUGCAGUGACGGAGAGCACGCCUCGCAGAAGAACCAGAAUCCAGGUUCUUUGGACCGCACCGCCCAGCGGUACCGGCCGCGUCAUACUCAAGGCCAGUAUUGUCCAGAAGAGAGUCAUCUAUUUCCAGGAUGAAGGCUCUCUCACCGUGCGACUGUAUGAGAAAGAGCGCGGUGAAACCACAGAAGUGCCGGCCAUGGAGUGCUGCGCUUGUGGAACGGCCAAGUACAGACUCACGUUCUACGGCAACUGGUCGGAGGAAGUUCAUCCCAAAGAUUAUCCAAGAAGAGCCAACCACUGGUCCGCUCUGAUUGGCGCGUCCCACUCCAGAACCUAUGUGCUGUGGGAAUAUGGAGGCUACGCCAGCGAGGGAGUUCGUCAGGUGGCUGAGCUCGGCUCGCCCAUCAAGAUGGAAGAAGAGAUUCGACAGAAGGGUGAUGAAGUGCUGACGGUCAUUAAAACAAAAGCUCAGUGGCCAGCAUGGCAGCCGCUCAACCUGCGAGCUGCUCCGUCAGCUGAGUUUUCCGUGGACAGGACACACCACCUCAUGUCCUUCCUCACCAUGCUCGGACCCAGCCCGGACUGGAACGUGGGGCUGUCAGGGGAAGACCUCUGCACCAAGGACUGUGGCUGGGUCCAGAGGCUUGUGACAGACCUGAUACCAUGGGACGCAGGCACAGACAGCGGUGUCACAUACGAGUCACCGAACAAGCCCACCAUCCCUCAGGAGAAAAUCCGACCCCUGACCAGUCUAGACCACCCUCAGAGUCCGUUCUACGAUCCAGAAGGGGGCGCCAUUCUGCCUGUAGCUCGUGUAGUGGUGGAACGUAUUGCUAGAAAGGGAGAGCAGUGCAACGUGGUUCCUGACACCAUCGACGACAUCGUAGCUGACAUUGGACAGGAGGAGAAGGAGAAAGACGACACACCCGAGACGUGCAUCUACUCUGCCUGGUCCCCCUGGUCAGCGUGCAGCAGCGCGACGUGUGACAAAGGUCGCAGGAUGAGGCAGAGGAUGCUGAAGGCUCAGCUGGAUCUCAGCGUCCCGUGUCCCCACACUCAGGACUUCCAGCCUUGCAUGGGCCCAGGAUGCAGCAUGGAGGAGCCUUCAACGUGCAUGAUGUCAGAGUGGAUCAGCUGGUCCGCCUGCAGCGUCUCCUGUGGGAUGGGGAUGAGGUCCAGGGAGCGGUACGUCAAGCAGUAUCCUGAGGACGGUUCGCUCUGCCAGCUCAACACGGAGGAGACGGAGAAGUGUGUUGUUAACGAUGAGUGCUCUCCCAGCAGCUGUGUGGUGACAGAGUGGGGGGAGUGGGACCCCUGCAGUGUCACCUGUGGUGCAGGUGUGAGGAGGAGAGAGCGCAUGGUGAAGAUGCCUCCUAUAGAUGGCUCCAUGUGCAAAAGCGAAGUGGCUGAGGUGGAUAAAUGCAUGAUGCCAGAGUGCCACACCAUCCCGUGCAUGCUGUCGCCCUGGUCGGAGUGGAGCGAGUGCAGCGUGACUUGUGGGCGUGGCGUCCGGACGCGUCAGAGGAUGCUGAAGUCGGAUCCAGCUGGAUGCACGGAGGAGCUGGAGCAAACGGAGAAGUGCAUGCUGCCUGAGUGCUCGGUCGACUGCAUGGUCUCAGACUGGUCCGACUGGUCGGAGUGCAACAAGUCCUGUGGUAAAGGCCACACCAUCCGCACGCGUAUGAUCAAACUGGAGCCGCAGUUCGGGGGCAGCGCCUGCCCCGAGACCAUCCAGAGGAAGAAAUGCAAGAUCAGGAAAUGUCGCACAAAAGCAGGAGGUAACGGAGCCACCAGAGGUACCGGCGGUGCCGGAGGGCCCGCGGGCUGUCGGAUGCAGCCGUGGACCAGCUGGACGGGCUGCACUAAACCGUGUGGAGGAGGGAUGCAGGAGCGCUUCAGGACGGCCAAGAAAAGGGCUAAGGGCAGCUGUAAGGACCGGAGGGAGAUCCGUGUCUGCAACAAUCAUUCCUGCUAGGGGGCGCUGCUGAGUUACAGACAGGAGGCGUGAGAUCACUUUUAAAUGAAAGGAUGGUGGGAACUGACUUUUUGUUAGUUUCACACUAAAUCAGAGGAAAGUGGAUUAAAUGUUUAGUGAAGCUUUUAUAGAGAAUUAGAAUAACUUUUAUUUGUUGCACAUUAAGAUAAAAAAGGAAAGAAGGAACAUUAAACACACUAACAACUUAGAAACAGCGAAUUUGUUGAGUUUCCGGUGCAGUCUGAAGGCCUGGCUCACGUUUGAAACUGAGAAACGAAAAAGAAAAUAAAUUUUGAUGCUAUUUUUAUUCCUGUAAAAACAUCCAGAUGUUUAAAUGUUUGUUUGGUUAAACGGAUGUUGGAUUUCAGACCGGAUUAAACCGGUUUGGCUCUGAUUCUGCAUCAGCGGGCCGUUUCAGUUUUAAAGUUAGUUUUAUCUCAGAUCUGCUGCUUCCACAUGAUCAGCGCUAAUCCUGAUGUAGGGAAUGAAACGACCGAUGGUUUCAGCGGAUUGAGGAGAAACAGACUUUAUUGUUUUGCUGUUUUAGUGAAACAGGAAGCCUCGUUACUUCUCCUACCUGUGAUAACUCAAACCUUCUUUCCCCGAUGAACACGUUUAACUGUUAAACGUUUUCUGCCUUUGGAGCUGGUAUUUAUAUCCUGUUCUGUCGUUUCAGCCGAUGUAGCAUAAGCCUGCGGUAGCUUUCAGUCGGAGGGUUUUACUUUAGCAUGUGCAGUCUUGGGUAUUCUGCUUUAUCAGCUGUAGUUAUGCUCUCAGAGCUGAUCAACCAGAGCUUUUCCUAAAACAACACGACGGUGGCCUGUGAGAAUCCACGAGUCUUUCCUGGAUAAAAACUCAACCUGCAGUAAAUGUUUCUGGGCGCUCUCUACACGUUUUAUUCUCAUGUUUUGUUUUUAUUGCGUUGCCCUGUGACCUGUAACGGUUUGAGCACUCUUGUUGGAUAAAAAAAAGUGGUUCUCUGUAGCUGUUUUUUUUUUUUCGGGGCUCUUUUUAUUUUUCACGACCGUUUUGUAAGAAGCCACCUUUACAAUAAAAAUGUGUAAAUGUGA